UGCCCAUGGUGGCAUGAAAAGCCCCUUUCCACUUGGUUGUUGCCUCUUCUUCUUCUGAUUCUGCGCAUCAAUGCUCUCGCUUUGUUGCUGCUGAUGUUGCAAAACUCGAAUAGAAUCAUUGAAUCCUCGCUUCAGGAAUUUGGGUUUCUCACGCACUGUUGCAAAAGCGAUAUCUGGAGAAGAGGCAUGUGCGAAUCCUUCUGUCGUUACGCUUCUGGAACCUUUUUUAAACCGUAGAAUCGGGUUUUGUGGAACGGAACAGUCUAGUCACAAAUUCUGCUCGUGACAAGUCUGUUACUAUCAGAACGAAGCUGCCGGCAAGAUGCCUGCAACCAAUCACAUGGAGAGGCAUUUCACGGCAGGGCAGAUAGUGCACGACAUCGUGAUCGGCAUGAGUGAUGGCCUCACCGUGCCCUUUGCUUUGGCCGCUGGAUUGUCAGGAGCUUCUGCCUCCUCUUCAAUUGUGGUUACUGCAGGUCUAGCUGAAGUUGCGGCUGGGUCAAUUGCUAUGGGUCUUGGCGGGUACCUUGCAGAACGAAGUGAUGCAGAUCAUUACGAGAACGAACGAAAGCGUGAAGAAGCUGAGAUAGUUGAGGUGCCAGACACUGAGGCAGACGAAGUGGCAGAAAUCCUAGCAAGCUAUGGAUUAGAGCCGAAUGAGUAUUGGCCUGUCGUUAAUGCCCUGCGAAAACGACCAGAAGCUUGGGUCGACUUCAUGAUGAGAUUUGAGCUUGGAUUGGAAAAACCGGAUCCAGCGAGAGCACUACAGAGUGCUUUGACUAUAGCUGGGUCCUACAUUGUAGGGGGGCUGAUUCCUCUUCUACCAUACAUAAUAAUACCACAGGUUGCUAAAGCCUUGAAGGUGUCUGUACUCGUCACGAUAUCAGCGCUCUUCGUUUUUGGUUACGUGAAGGGCCAAUUUACAGGCCUCCGACCUGUGUGGAGUGCAUUUCAGACAGUUUUUAUUGGGGCUCUGGCAUCAGCGGCUGCAUUUACCAUCGCCAAGGCAAUUAGUGCGUAAGUAUCAGAUUCGGUGUACAUUAGUUGCUGUACCAAGCAUAUUGAAAUGAGACGCAAGAUAUAGCUAGCACAGUGUACCAGGUGAGGAUACAGCGAAGGAUGAACAACUCGGAAAAGAAAAUUCGAGUGUGCUACACUUGAGUUCCAAUGGAAUUGAUGAAUUCUCUUA